AUGGGCCACCACAUGUCCAAGCUGCUCCACCGCCACGCCCAUAUCACGCCCGAGCAACUCGACAAGCUGAAGCAGCAGCUGCAACUCCAGCAAGAAUCCACCACAGCCAAGGAAAGCGAGCUCGAAGCCACCAAGGAAACCCAUGGCGAAGCCAAAGAAGAAGCCUCGCUCCUCCAGCAGAAGGUCGACCUCCUCGAGACCAAGCUCGCCGAUGUGCAGAAGGAGCGCGACGAGAGCAUAGGAGGCUUGCAGGCGUCUAUGAGACGCAACGGCGAGGCGGCGGAUGCGCAGCAGAAGGAUUUGGUCGAGAAGAAGAUGGCGGUUGAGAAGGAGUUGUCUGAGGUGAAGGCGCUGAAGGCUGCUAUGGAGGCUGGGUUGGCCGAGCAGUUGGCGCAGGUCAAGAAGCAGCUUGCGGAGACGGAGGGUAAAGAGGGCGAGUUGCAGACGACUAACAGUCAGCUGGAGGAGCAGUUGGUCAAUAUGAAGAAGGAGAUGGAGGUGAAGCUCGCCGCUUCUCAGCUGGAUCUUCAGGCUGCGCAGGAGAAACUUGCGGCGUUGCAGGGCGAGCAUGAGAAGGUCGUCACGGAGGGCAAGAGCAGUAGUGAGGCAACCGCGAAGUCGCUUCAGGAUUCUGUGACGAAGUAUGAGGCGCUGCAGCUUCUGCACGAUCAGUUUACCAAGGACUCCGAGACGAAAGCGCAAGCCGCUCAGAAGAAUCUUGAGGAUGCGCAGGCGAAGCUCGCCGCGCUGCAGGCGGAGCACGACGCGUCCACCAAGGACUCUACUGAGAAGUCGACCUUGCUCACAGCAUCCCACGAAGAACUCAAGACCUCCCACGACAAACUCACUUCCGACCUCGCCGCCGCGCAGAAGAGCGUCACCGACUCCGAAGAGCAGAUCCGCGUCCUCAACGAGUCCAGCGCAGCCGAGACCUCCAAGCAUACCGAGGAGACCACGAAGAUGCAGGCAGAGAUCGCCGCUGCGCAAGAGACUAUCUCAAAGUUCGAGACCGAUCAAGCCGCUGCUCUGGACGCCGCGAAGCAGGAGGCGGCGAAUCUGCAGGAGAAGGUUACGGCGCUGGAGGCUGAGAAGGAGGAGCUGCAGAAGAGGGUCGAUGAGGCGGCGGAGAAGGCUACGGCGAGUGAUGAGGCCAUCGAGGCUGCGAAUAAGGAGAAAUCCGACCUCGAGGACAAAGUCAAGGAACUCGAGGCCGCGAAGGAGGCCGCUGAUGCUACGGAAGCGGAUCUCAAUUCCAAGCUUGAGGAGGCGAAGGCGGCGGUUGAGAAGGCGGAGGGGGAAAGGGAUGCUGCUAAGGCUGGGUGA